GCAACGAUGAUCGAAACCGUGGACAAGUGGUCUUCCUCGCUCGGCUUCCCGCUCCACGCCAUGGUCGCCUCCCUCCUCCGCCUCUCCCGCCCCCGCCGCGCGCUCCUCCCCCUCUCCUCCCUCCGCCCCCCGCUCUCCACCCAGCCCCACGCCUCGACCCCGUCCCCUACCCCUUCCUCCGCCCGCGGCCUCCCGCGUUUCAUCUCCUUCCUCGCCGCCACCGCCGUGGCCUCCGUGGGAACAACUGUCGCCCUCUGCGACUCCGGCCUCGACCACCGGGCCGGGGGCAAGGAGAGCACCGAGCUGGUGGUACGCGGGGAGCGCAAGGUCGUGCCGCAGGAGUUCAUCAACGAGCUCGCGUCAUUCCUCGGGGAGAAUCUGACGGUGGACUACGAGGAGAGGACCUUCCAUGGCACGCCACAGAACAGCUUCCACAAGGCGGCCAACGUGCCUGAUGUCGUCGUGUUCCCAAGCUCGCAGGAUGAGGUACAAAAGAUUGUGAUGGCCUGUAACAAGUACAAGGUUCCAAUUGUACCAUAUGGUGGGGCUACCUCACUUGAGGGUCACACACUGGCACCUCAUGGUGGUGUUUGCAUUGACAUGUCUUUGAUGAAGAAAAUCAAAUCCCUGCAUGUCGAGGAUAUGGAUGUAGUUGUUGAAGCCGGAGUUGGAUGGAUUGAGCUUAAUGAAUACCUGAAGCCCUAUGGCCUCUUUUUCCCUCUUGAUCCAGGGCCUGGGGCCACCAUUGGAGGAAUGUGUGCUACUCGCUGCUCUGGUUCAUUAGCUGUGAGGUAUGGAACAAUGCGGGAUAAUGUAAUUAAUCUUAAGGCUGUUUUACCAAAUGGCGAUGUUGUCAAGACAGGCUCCCGGGCUCGAAAGAGUGCAGCUGGGUAUGACCUUGCUCGUUUGAUCAUUGGGAGUGAAGGAACUUUGGGUGUAAUUACAGAAGUGACUUUACGACUUCAAAAGCUUCCAUCUCAUUCUGCGGUUGCAAUGUGCAAUUUUCAAACAAUUAAGGAUGCUGCUGAUGUUGCUAUUGCAACCAUGCUUUCUGGGAUACAGGUUUCAAGAGUGGAAUUGUUGGAUGAGGUUCAGAUAAGGGCAAUAAACAUGGCAAAUGGUAAAAACUUGUCUGAAGUGCCAACCUUGAUGUUUGAAUUCAUAGGGACAGAAGCAUACGCACUUGAACAAACACUCUUGGUUCAAAAAAUUGUCGCAGAACACCAUGGAUCAGAUUUUGUUUUUGUUGAGGAGCCAGAUGCUAAAGCGGAAUUAUGGAAGAUCAGGAAGGAGGCACUUUGGGCUAGUUUUGCUAUGAAACCUGAUCAUGAAGCUAUGAUAACGGAUGUUUGCGUUCCUCUGUCCAGACUUGCCGAAUGCAUAUCUGCAUCAAAGCGACUGCUUGAUGCAUCACUAUUGACUUGUCUGGUUAUCGCUCAUGCUGGUGAUGGAAAUUUCCAUACAAUUAUCCUAUUUGAUCCAAGUCAGGAAGACCAAAGAAAAGAAGCAGAGAGACUAAACCAUUUCAUGGUUCAUACAGCUCUGUCUAUGGAAGGUACAUGCACAGGAGAGCACGGUGUUGGUACAGGGAAAAUGAAGUACCUCGAGAAGGAGUUGGGGAUCGAGUCACUCAGGACCAUGAAAAGGAUAAAGGCCGCGUUGGAUCCCAACAACAUCAUGAAUCCGGGGAAGCUGAUUCCACCUCAUGUCUGCAUAUGACGCUCUGAAUCGCAACCCGACUGGAGGACUUCCAUGAGUGGACUUGAUUGUCCAAGCUUAGUGGCUAAAGGCGUGUCGCAAUGCUGCCCGUAAGUGCAAUGCGUCGAGCUGCUCCGGACUGUAGUAUGAUACUAUAUGCGUUGGAGGGAAAUACACGUAGGCAUCACGUCACAAUUUUACUGGUAAAAAACCGAAAUGCUUCAGGGUGAUGAAAUAAUGGAGCAGAACAUUACGUCAUUAUUCUCUUGAUGUCGUUUUAACAGGAGAAACCAAUCUAGAAGUAUGUAUUGAUCUCAUUCACCUGGCAACGACAA